AUGAUAACAACUCGUAUCCUCUUAGAACGAGUAGUAUUCGUUGCUAUACUUGUUGGUGCAACAAUAUUCUUCAUUGAUUUCAUGAAGAUAUACGAUGUCUCUAUUGGAUACAAAAGUUUUUUCUCGCUCCUUCUAAUAUACAUUGUAUCCUAUUUUUUGGCCAUUCUACCAGAAAUAAGCAAUUCCAUAAAGUAUACCUUGCUUUAUAAAACUAGAAAACAAAAAAUAUAUUCGUACUCACUAAAAAAAGAUGAAUCGACAAGAAGGAAGAACAGUGACAGGGAUCUCAAACUCGAUCAUCUAAUAGAUACCAAUUUUCUGUACAUGAAUCAGGACUCUUAUCAAAUGGUUAAUUGUGAUAAUAGUUACACAACAAGUGAGAACUGUUCAGGGGAUGAAGCCUACGCGUUUUUCACAGAUAAGAUUCAAUUAAGUGAUGAAACUUCUUCAGUAGGAGACGUGAACAAGCCAUACCAUACAAACAUCAAGGGGACGAGUGAAUUCUAUAGGGAUACCAAGAGAAGACAUCGAAAAAGAGGAAAACAAAAAGAAAGGUAUCGAAAAAAUGAUAUAAACGACUAUGUUCUAAAUAAGAGAGGGAAACACAAAAAAUAUAUCAUAGAUAGCUGCGAAGAAUUUGAAAAGAUAUGUCUGAACGAUCAAAGAAAAACUUUAAAAAUGAAAGACAAAAUUAUAAAGUAUAUAGAAUUGAACGAUUCUGAAAAUUCCAAGGAGGCACAUGUGGAUGUUGAAGCAGCCGAUGGUGCAGCAGUGGAUGGUGUAGCAAUGGAUGAAAUGCUGCUAAAAUUUAAUGGAAAAAAUUUUGGAGAAUAUUACAACCCACAUAAUGGGAUAGAUGUUAAGGCGAAUAAAAAGAACAUAGGAUCUUUUCUUUAUGACACAAAAUAUUUAAACAUACAAAAUGAAGAAUACACGGAAGAAAAUAUCCGAUUUGAAAAGGAUAGAAAAAAAUACCUAUGUUUUAAGCUAAAUAAUAUGUUGCGUAAACAGAGAGAAAUAAAAAAAUGGAAAACUAGUUACUUCUCUGGAUUUCGGUCCAACACAAAUAUGUAUACAUUACACAGUUUUUAUGACAGAAAUAAACAUAUACCAAAAGAUACGGAUUUUUCAAGGUGGCAUAACUUACUUCUCAAAUUAAUAGUAAACAUACAAGUGGUAUUUGUGAAAUUUUGUAAGAAUACAUCAUUUAUAAUUUCUGAUUUGAUAAUAACUCUUAUGCUACAUAUUGCUUGGCUUAGUGUAUACAAAUAUUUGCAACGAAAUAAUGUAGAUACAGAUACAGGGAUGUUUAAUUGGAACACUGAAAGUAUCCCAGCAAUUUUUACAACUAUCGAAGGAUAUAUACAAUAUUUUAUUCUUUAUGACAUGUGUAUAAAAUUUUUUCUUUUUUUUUCUGCUAAACAUAUAUUAAGUUUUUGGUUUUUAUUAAAUUUGAUGAAUAGUCCAUUUUUAUACAUACUCGUAUCGUAUGUGACAAAUAGUCCUUUUAAAAAACAUGGAUGGCUGUAUUUAACAUGUCCAUUUCGAUUUCUUAACUUUUUGAGAAUUGAAAAUUUAUUUGGUCAAAGUAACAAUCACAACAAGAUAAAUUUCCCAGUUAUUACAUUGUCUAUUCAGAUAUUAGUUGUCAUAUAUACAUAUGCAUGUAUCCAUUUUUUAAUUGAACAGCCAUGUAGAGGUGACUAUCAAAUAUAUGAUUAUAUCUUUUCUGGAAUGCAGACAGUUUCCACUGCAGCUAUGGGAAGAGGGACAUGUUUUCCAUACACAUUACAAGCGAAAAUUACACACACAUUUUACAUUUUUAUGAUUUUCACAUAUAUACAUUACAAAAUCAGAUAUUUGAAAAAUCAUAUGGUAGAAGAAAAAAAAAUAUAUGGAAAAAUACCCAAUAUUGGUGCACGAUAUUUUGUUAUCAUAGGUCAUAUUAAACCCAUAUCUUUAUAUGUAAUUAUUAACGAAUUACAAUCUACCUAUAAUAAUUUGGAUGAAAUUAUAUUUUUAACAAGUCUACCAGUAAAAUUUUAUUUAAAUAUCAUACGAUUGUUAAAUAAAAAAGGUUCUUGUCAAAUUAGCCUUUGUUUGUAUGAUUUAAAUAAGCCCUUUCCCUUGAAAAUUAAAAAAAUAAUUUCAUAUAGUAGAGGAAUUUUUAUAUGCAACAAUGUUAUGAAUACUCACCAUAAUAUUAAUAAUGAUAUGGAAACAUUAAAAAGACAUAAUGAAAUUACUUCUCUCGGACCAUUCAACAAAUAUAUAUCUGUGCUUCUCAACAACAUGUGUAACCAUAAUAUUCUACUCAAAAGAAGUAACAGAAAUGUAAUUUGUUUAAACGAAUUGAAGAUGAAACUUUUUGCAAAAACAUUGGACGAUUGUCCUGGUAUGUUCUUUCUAAUCCUUUUAUUUUUUAUUAAUACCCCACAAAAGUUGAAGUCUAAGUAUACUUAUAUCUUGAGCAAGUAUUUCAAUAACUUGCAGAUGAAACUGAAUCAAGAAAUUUCUUUCUUUGCUUCAUCAGAUGAAGAGGAUAUUCAGCAGGAAAAUCACAAGACUAAACAACGUGAGAGUGACAGAAAAGGAGUUCAAAACAAUGAUAAGCAAAUCAAACAUAACAAGAAAAAACAAUGUAACUUUAAGUCUAUGCAUAAUUUUAUCUUUAAAAAUAACUUGCAUUACAGUGAAGAGGAUCGAGCUGGGGAAAGAAUGACCUCACAAAGCAGCACUGCCAGCAGAAAAAAUAACGAGAGUAACUUUUGCAAAAUUGAGUUCAAAACAAGGAAAUCUGAAAGAGAGGAAAACUCAGCGCAUGGUAGAGAUGAGUGCAACAGAGAUGGGUGCAGCAGGGAUGGGUGGGAGAGAAACAAACGUGACAAUGCUGGACUGAAGGAAAAUCAUCCGGAUCUGAAUUCUGUACAUUUUAAGAAAGGGAAAAGCGCUAGAUACUCCGUUUCUUUUCUAAAAAGAAUGAAAUGUGCAACACAAAAUGGAAAAAAGAAGAAAAUACCGCUUCGAAGUUUUCUAUCUCACGAUUUUGACGAAAAUAUUUGCUUCAAUUCUUACAACAAUUAUAUGCACUACAUAAAAGGGAUAAGAUACAACAUUUACAAAAUUAAACUACCUUGCAGCUUUCUGAAUUUUCAUUUUAUAUCUAUCGUUCAAUAUAUGUACAUGAAUUAUAAUGCUUUCUUGAUAGGUAUCAUAAAUAAGUACGACGAAAUAGUACUGAAUCCAGUUCAUUUUGUUUACAACUCUUUAGAUGUUCAAUUCAUUUUGCUAACAGACAAGUACAACAUUUUGCAAAAAAUACAAAACACUAAAAAGGUGCAACUUGAUUGGUUAAACAACAUAGAUUAUGUUAAAAUAAAAAAAAAUGAACCCUCGAAAGAGAAAAAAUCUCACAAGUACGAAAUCUCCCCGUCUCACAGCCAACAUGAUUACUACAUAGAAAUGAACAAAUUGAAAAAUCAAAAUGGAAUUUAUUUCAAUCCAGUUUUGAAUAUAUUUCGAGUUGAUAAUUAUUUACUGGCUCUGGAAGUUUUCCGCAUUAAAAGAGGUAUUUAUCACCCAUGCAUGGAAAAAGGAACUUCAAGUAGAAAUGACCAUUCAAAUGAUCGAAUAUUACAUCAACAGAAGAGGAAAAAUAACCCCCCUGAGUCAUUGAAUUAUGAGUCAUUGAAUUCUGAGUCAUUGAAUUCUGAGUCAUUAAAUUCUAAGUCAUUGAAUUCUAAGCCAUUGAAUUAUGAGUCAUUAAAUUCUAAGUCAUUGAAUUCUAAGCCAUUGAAUUAUGAGUCAUUGAAUUAUGAGUCAUUAAAUUCUAAGUCAUUAAAUGCUAAGCCAUUGAAUUCUAAGCCAUUGAAUUCUGAGUCUUUGAAUUUACAUAAAGGAGAAGCCUCUCGCGAGGAAAGAAAAUCUGCAAGGGGUGAACAAAACGGAGAGAUAAACCAUCGACAGGAGCAUGGGUGCAAGGAAUCUGAUCCCAAUGCAACCAAUGCGUUAAGAAGAAAGCAAAAAGAGGAUUUUAUCUUAUUAAUUUAUUGGCCUCAAUCUAUCAAUACAUUUCUGAAAGUUUUGCAUAAACGGAAAAAACACAAUAUUAUCAUACUGAGCGAUCAAAUUCCAUCGUAUAUACAUAACAAUAAAUUGCCUAAGUAUAACAUUUGCUAUAUACAAAAGUCACCGCUAAUCUUAUUCAACCUAAUCCUUUCAGGAAUUUUGUGUUGUAAGAAAUGUAUUAUUUUUAAAAAUUAUUUAAAAUUAAAUUCGCAUCACAAUAUUAUAUCGUAUAAUGAGAAGGCGGAAAAUAUAAAUUAUUUUGAUUACAUGUGUGAACGUAAUGAUAGUGAUUUGAUUAUAAUUUUUAAUAAUAUACAAAAUAUAUUUCGAAGAAGAGACAUUAAUGAUUCUCUAGUUGAUUAUUACAUACAAGAAGAAAGUACAGAAAAAAAUAGAUAUGAUAAUUAUUUAUUUAAAAAAAAAAAACAAGAAAAAAAAAAAAAUUUUGAAAAUGAACAUGUAGAAGGAGGAAACUGUCAAAAUGUGAAAGAGGAAUUGUCACAAAAUGAAAAUAUGGAUAAAAUAUAUAGCAACUUGAGAAAUAAUAAGAAUAAAAAUAUAAAGAGAAAUAUUUACUUAUUAAUAGAAUUAAAUAAUACAUUAUCUGUGCAAUACUUAAAUAAUGAAAUGUACACAAAUGUAGACAUUCUGAAAAAAAAAAGAAAUAAAAUGGUGAACAUGAGUAAAGCACAUAACUUAUUAUUUAUCGAAAAUUAUAAAAAACAAAUACAUUUUUUUAAAUAUGGAAAUUUGCUAGUAGAAAAUAUUUAUAAAAAAAUCGAACAUAUCUUUGUUGAUAAUUAUUAUUUUUAUUUAUAUUUUUUACAAUUUACUUCUGCCAGUGUUUUUAUCGACGAACUUAUUUAUCAUUUUAUUGGAUACACAUUUCCCAUUAAAAACAACUCUCUCAGCAUUAACACAAUUGAGGCAUUCAUAAAUGGUACAUAUGCAGACACUUCUAAGACAAUAAAGACAGAUUUGCUCCUCAAAAACAUAAACCCAAAGUAUCACUCCAGGAAUUUUUUCUUUCUCUUCCAGAAGUACCUUAAGAGGGGAUCAAUCAUAAUAGGCAUUUAUCGGUGCAAUGAGGAGAAUAACAUGAACAUAGUCAUCCCGUGCCCUCAGCGGAAUUUUAUAAUGCACAGAACCGACAAGGUCUACGUGAUUCAAAGCGAAUACAAAACACGAGAAGGACAUCCGUGA